AUGGGGUGCCAUGAAUGUUGUCAAAUUUUCCAAGCAUUGUUCAAAACUAAAGAUGCUUACAUGUCAGCACAGGUUAUAAAAACGGAUCUGUUCAGAGUUCUAAAGGAGAAGUUAGGCCCCAACCUACAUGGCCUUAUACAAGACAAGGUUUUCCCAGUUGCAGGUGAUAUAGCUUGUGAUAGUUUGGGGAUAAAUUUUGAGCUGAAAGAUGACAUGUGCAGCGAAAUAGACAUAAUUGUAAACUCUGCUGCAACAACUAGAUUUGAUGAAAGAUAUGAUACUGCAAUAAGGAUCAAUGCACUGGGUGCCAUGAAUAUUAUCAAAUUUUCCAAGCAGUGUUUAAAACUAAAGAUGCUUCUCCAUGUAAGCACAGCUUAUGUUUGCGGGGAAAAGAAAGGAUUAAUACUAGAGAAGCCAUUGAACUAUGGUCAGACGCUUAAUGGAAGCUCUCGCUUAGAAAUAGAAGUGGAGCAAAAGUUGGUAGAGGAGGCACUAAAGGACCUUCAAGAUAGGAAUGCCACUGAAAAAGAAGUUACUUUAGCUAUGAGAGUUCUAGGUAUUGACAGAACCAUGGACACCUUCAUUGUUGGCUAUGGUAAAGGAAAUCUAAAUGUUGGCAUGGCUGAUAGAGAAUCGAUGACGGAUGUGAUAUUAAAGUGGGAAAACUUGAUACUUUGCCAACAUUUGCAAGACCUGCAUACGGACUUAGAAAGAAGGAUCAAUCAUGCCAUUCGACUAGCUGAACUCUACAGGUCCUACUUGUUCUUCAAAGGAGUUUUCGAUGAUACCAAUGCUGAAAUGUUGCGAAUGGCAACAAGAAAAAGUAAUGCAGAUGAUACAUUUAACUUUGACCCAACAACUAUUCAGUGGGAAAAAUACUUCAAGGAAAUCCAUAUUCCAGGAGUAGUGAAGUACCUUUUCUAA